GCCGGUGAAUUAGCAAACAAAGAAAAAGAAAAAAAGAAAGACUCAAUUUUUUUUAACGACGAAUGUGAUUUUGUUUCGCCGGUGUUUUAAAAAGAAGAUGAUGAUCGGAGAAACUCGUCGGACUUAUCCUACUGUUGAGAUACCUCCAUGGCCAGCUUCUGAAGAUUUUACGUCGGCGGAUUUGUUUUCUCCGGCGAUGAACAGUCCGGAUUGUAGCAUGCUUGAAGCUUUGGCGGCGCUACAGCGUUACUUGCCGUCUAAUGAGAUGGAUCCGGAUUCUGACCCGGAUCUAUUGGGUCCGGAUUCGCCUAUCGAUGCUUAUUCUUGCGACCAUUUCCGUAUGUACGAUUUCAAAGUCAGGAGGUGUGCUCGUGGCCGGAGCCACGACUGGACGGAGUGUCCCUACGCUCAUCCCGGUGAAAAAGCUCGCCGGAGAGAUCCGAGGAAGUACCAUUACUCCGGCACGGCUUGUCCUGAUUUUCGCAAAGGCGGUUGCAAGAAAGGGGACUCGUGCGAGUUCGCUCAUGGUGUUUUCGAGUGUUGGCUUCAUCCUGCUCGUUACCGUACUCAGCCGUGUAAAGACGGCGGUGGUUGUCGCCGGAGGGUUUGUUUCUUUGCUCAUUCGCCGGAUCAGCUUAGGUUUUUGCCUAACCGUAGCCCCGAUCGGGUUGAUUCGUUUGACGUUUCGUCUCCGAUUCGUGCUAGAGCGUUUCAGCUCUCGAUCUCUCCUGGCUCUGGCUCGCCGCCGAUGAGUCCAAGAGCUGACUCGGAGUCUUCUCCGAUGGCUCAGUCACUGAGUCGUUCACUCGGGUCUUGUUCUAUAAACGACGUCGUCCCUUCGUUUAGGAACUUACAGUUCAAUAAGGUGAAGUCGUUUCCUCACAACAAUCCAUUAUUCGGAUUCGGGUCGCCCCGUGGAUCUAUCUUGGGUCCUGGGUUUCAGUCUCUGCCCACUACUCCGACCCGACCCGGAAAUCUGGAUAUUUGGGAGUACGGGUUAGAGGAAGAGCCUGUAAUGGAGCGGGUCGUCGAGUCGGGUCGUGAGCUACGAGAAAAGAUGCGCGAGAAACUACACAAGGAGAAUUGCAUGGAUCGGGUUGACACGGAUCCGGAUCAGAGUUUGGGCGAUUCUCCUGAUGUCGGGUGGGUAUCUGACCUGCUGAUGUAGAGGAUGAUAAAACCCGACCCGUAACCCGGAACAUCGAAGUCUCAUUGAUGGAUGAUAAAGUCAGUAUCGGUUUUUUUGGGAUAUCUUCCGAGGAAAAGAGGACGAGAUCUUAAUUAGUGUGUUCAUAUUAUUUUUAUUUUACUAAUCUUCGUAUUAUCUGCUAAUAAUAAUAAUUAAAUAUGGAUUUUUGUGGCCAGAUUUUUCUGAAAAAAUCGUUGUAUAGAUGUGCCUAGGGGUUUGUUUUUUUUAAUUAUGGAACAUUAAUAUAUAUUAUUAUUAUUAUCGUUGUGUUUUAUAUUAAUGUUAAAUGUAAACCACUUGGUACUACUUAUCAAUGAAUGAAUGCAAAUUAUUACUUAUCUA